CCCGAGUGAGACCUCUCCACAGGUUAGAAGACGAGAGGAGGAACGAUUGAUUAACGAUCAACCAUGAGCUCCUUCAACGGAAACAUCAACACCGAAAACCUCCUAAUCCAAACCCUACUCGGCCGCCUUCAAAUCCGUCAACCAAACUCCCAUUUCCUCUCUCAAUCCCUAGACGACCUCCUCUUCAAAUCCGACGACAACGAUGAAGAAUACGACAGAGAUUCUCAAAACAAUCUCGAACGAGAAGAAGCCAGGCUUGAGAAAGAGCUAACCCGAGUAAUCCUCUCGGGUCGAACCGAUUCUCUUAAGCCGAAUUCAGGACAAGCCGUGACGGUCAACGAGCACCAUAUCUGCGUGGGGUUCCAUGAGGAUGAGGAAUCGGAUUAUCGUGUGUGGGAGUGGCACGGGCACAUCAUGCUUUUCGAUGAAGAGGAUGGGUACACGCCUGAGUAUAUCUACGGGAAUUACUUCGAGAGGUUGCCCGUGAAGAUACCGAGUCGCGGUGUUGGGAAGGAGAAGAAGGAGGUGAAAGAGGAGGAGGUGGAGAAUUUGGGUUUGAAGGAGUUGAUCGAUGGUGGGGAUGCUGGUCGUGGUAGGGUUCUUCAUAGGAACAUCAACAUCGGUUCCUCAAGGGCCUAAGUUCCUAGGAGCGGGUAGGCAGUGAGAGGUCACAUUCCUCGGGAAGAUUUUAGAUGUGUGAACAACUUGGGACAACAAAACAUAACGCGCUGGUGGAUUUACGGGUUCUGUUCCGUUCUAUUUAAACCAGUGAACCCAUGGCUGAAUCUGUGUUCUUUUAAAAAAAUCACCUGAAGUUGUUUCUGAUCCAAGUUUAUAAUACAUGUUGAUGAACAGAUGAAAAGAUUGCAAGAUUAUGGUCAUUGAUCCCAAAAGCUUUGAACUUUACCCUUGUUUGUACUAAUGUUCUUGGCUUCAUAAAUCAUUCAUUUUUCCAAUACUGCAGCGGAUGAAACUUCUG